AUGAGACGGCUCCGUAGAACAACAGUCCUUCCUGCUUUUGUAGUCCUCGUCCUUCUCUUCCUUCCAAACUUGGCAUCAGGCCAGCGGGCAAACAGGAAACGGACGACACCGAGAAUCCCACAGCGAGUCCAGAAAUGGACCAAACCAAUAAGAGAGCACUUGCCCCAUGCAGCUCAUCUUGUCGUGUCGUCUGAACUGAACAUCUUCCUCACCAGGCAAGUCACAAAAGUCCUUCCAGCCUUGAACAUUGCGGGGUCCUCAGUGCAAAUGCCAGCAACCAGCGUGAUAUUCGGAAUCAACGCAUUCGUCUUUGGAUUGUGGCAACUGGCCGGCAUGUUUCCCAGGCGGCUCGCUCCGUUCAUGGAGAAUCACUUUCUCUUGUCUGGUCAGAAGCGUGUGAGACGAGCCCGGCCUGAUUCCUUCUUGUUGUCGGGAUUCUCACACAUCCAUGGAGAGCAUUUGGCGGGUAACCUUGGUGCUCUGGCCCUCUUUGGAGGGCGAUCCGAACAGUGGCUGGGGACUCGAAAGUUCGUCUACAUGUACAUAUCAUCUGUCUACGCAUCCAACUUUAUGAGUUUGGGCAUCUUUGGCAGACGAAACGACCAACGAUCAAGCCUCGGGGCAUCCGGGGCGAUAUCUGCGCUACAAUCCUACUUUUGUCUGCGAUUUCCGGACGCUCGUUUCGAGAUUGCGGGAGAGAAACUGGCAGCACCGUGGGCAUUCGUCCUGUGGUUUCUUCAGGACUUUGCACAGUUAGGAAUGAAUACUGGGAUCGGGCACGGAGCUCACCUUGGAGGUUUCACGUUUGGCACCAUCUUCUUUCUGUUCCACGAUAUUGUAGUCGCCCCGGAACACGCGAGAAGACGUGCAGUGAAACGAUUGGCCCUGGUCUUCAAGGAUACGCGAAAUGCUGUGGGGAAGAUUCUUCAUCAAGUUGAGGAUCUUCUGGCUGGAGAGGAUUGA